ACCCGCGUAUCUAGCCGCACAUUUUUAAUUAACAUUGUAUGUGAUUGUUGUCUGUAAUGUAUACAUUGAUAAUUAGUCAAUUACUUAGUAAAUGAACCAUAGAGGAAACUGUCAUAUAUAGUCAUACCUUCUACUUCUACUUCUACUCUAUAUUGGCCACCAUCAACAUAUAGAUGAUUUUGCCAACGGGAGGUGCAGAUACCUGCUCAGCCUCAUGCAAUCAUUUUCAGGCGUAUAAUGAUGAUGUAACACGACUUGAAAAGAUGCACAAUGCCACUAGAGGGCACAUAUGAUGUAUCGAUAGUUCUGCCGGUGUGCAAUGCCGCACUGUGGCUCGAAGAGUGUCUUAGGUCUGUGUGUGACCAGGAUUUCCAAGGCUCACUGGAACUGUCCAUUUACGACGACGCCUCACAGGAUGACUCGAGAGCGAUAAUCGAGCGUUGUUCGCCAGCGCUCGCUGAGAGAGGGAUCCGCGUGGUGAUCAGUGAAAACAAGAGUGGCAUGCCUAGCGGAGUUGGCUUCGCAAAGAACAGGGCUGUUGAACAGAGUCAGGGAUCCCACCUCUGCUUCCUGGAUGCUGACGACGUCAUGGCAACGAUGCGCGUACGUCUCCAGCUCGCAGCGGCGUCUGUCCGCUCGCGACACACGUUGCUGGGCUGCCAGGUGCGCAGGCUGCCCGAGGCUUCCACACAACGCUACGUGCAGUGGGCAAACUCCACCACCCCCGAGCAGCUCCAUCUACAGGCUUACACAUCGCAUGGUCCGACUCUGCUAAUGCCGACAUGGUUCUGCGCACGGGAGUUAUACGACGCUGUCGGUGGAUUCAGUGAGGCAGGCAAGGGCACACCAGAAGAUCUCAUAUUCUUCCUCAGACAUCUAGAGUUGGGUGGACAGCUCCACAGAGUGGACCAUGUACUUCUCAUGUACCGUUACCACCAGGGCGGCGCCACCUUCUCCGUGCUCGAGGAUACAAUCUGGGAUGUGAGAUUGAGAGCCUUGGAGACUGCAGUGCUUAGCAAGUGGAAAGAAUUCACCAUAUGGAAUGCUGGUAAGCAGGGAAGGAAGCUAUACAGAUCUCUCUCUGUGGAGAACAGGAAUAAGGUGAUGUCAUUUUGUGAUGUGGAUAAGAAGAAGAUUGCGAAGGGAGUUUACACACAUGAGGAAUCAACGUGCUUGCCGCGACCUAGGGUGCCUAUAGUUCAUUUCACUGAGGCCAAACCCCCGUUUGUCAUCUGUGUGAAGAUGGAUUUGACUGGAGGCAUUUUCGAGAAGAAUCUGGCAUCGCUCAAUUUGAUGGAGGGGCGGGAUUACAUCCAUUUCAACUGAGUAGUGUUCAACAACAAUGUGAUAACCAACAUACAUAAUAGUUGUGUGAAACAUAAAAACCGAUAUCUGUAUAUUUGUAAGAAUAUAGAAAAUAUCACGUAUGUACAUAUAUAUGUAUUAAAUCAUCAAUACUUAAUGUUUAAAAAAUAAAUAAAUUUGGAAAUUA